CACAUGCCCGUUGUUUAUCUUGAUUCUCUGAUGCCAAGCCGGUGAAGGUUAACCGUCCACGGCCCCAAAAAGAGAAUCCACAGCUAUCAUUCAAAGAAACAACAUCGCUUCUACGAAUAACGCACCAAAAACGAUCACCAAAAUCGAGAAACAUAUUUUUCUCCCCUCAGUCUGAGGAGUAGAAUCAAUUGCAAGCAGUUAAAAAUUAGAGCAGCGAGAAGGGAAAGAGCUGGAGAUACAGAGUUGCAGCAAAGGCAAGCGAAAACCCGCCAUCUUACUAUAGUAGUAUUCCAGCCAACCAGUGAGAGAGCGAUGGAAGACACUCCAAAGCUCUCUCUUCUGUAAAAAGAGAGGAGGAAAGAGAGUGAAAGGCUUUCGAUCAUUUUUGAGUCCUUUUUUUGGUAGGUGCUGGGAAAAGAGAGCGAUGGGUGGAAGACUGGAGAGCUGGGGGUGGUGGGUAGGAGGAAUGUUGCUCCUUUGCUUGAGCCUGGCCUUGGAAAGCGAGGUGGUCUUAGCAAACAGGCCCCUCGCAUCCUCACCUCAUGAGAUGGGAAGUAGUAGUAUUAGCAUUAGCACCAGCACCAGCAGCAGCAGUAGCACCAACCACAACAAGAUUAUAGAGAAGGAUCAUAAAUAUAUCCUUGCCAACAUCUUCCAUUCCCUGUUCGACAAUGGCGACUCUUCUUACACCCAUGUUUGGCCAGACAUGGAGUUCGGAUGGAGGGUCGUGUUGGGUUCGACCAUCGGGUUCCUUGGUGCUGCUCUGGGCAGUAUUGGAGGUGUCGGCGGAGGUGGGAUUUUUGUUCCCAUGCUUACCUUGAUCAUUGGCUUCGACCCAAAGACAUCUACAGCCAUCUCCAAGUGUAUGAUCAUGGGUGCUGCAGGAUCCACAGUGUACUAUAACUUGAGGCUCCGCCACCCGACACUGGAAUUGCCAAUCAUUGAUUAUGACCUUGCUUUGCUGUUUCAGCCCAUGCUCAUGUUAGGCAUCAGUAUUGGAGUCGCUUUUAAUGUCAUUUUUCCUGAUUGGAUGGUCACUGUUCUCCUCAUUAUCCUCUUCCUAGGUACAUCAACAAAGGCACUUUUCAAAGGUAUAGAAACAUGGAAAAAAGAAUCCAUAUUGAAAAAGGAAGCUGCCAAGCUGCUCACUUCUCAAUCAAAUGAGAGUCAAAAACUGGCAUACAAACCCCUCCCAGGUGCUCCUGCUGCCAAUGCGCAGGUCCUGUCAUCUCCAGAUGAUGAGGUUCCAAUCAAAGAAAACAUCUACUGGAAAGAGUUUAUGCUGCUGUUAUUUGUGUGGGUGGCAUUCCUUGCUGUGCAGAUAAUUAAGACGUAUGCCACAACCUGCUCCAUAGAAUACUGGGUUCUAAAUGCUUUACAGGUGCCAAUAGCUCUUUCCGUCACGCUUUGCGAAGCCAUCAACCUCUGCAAAGGAAAGAGGACAAUUGCCUCUAGGGGGAAGCAAGAUAUAAGAUGGAAAAUGCAUCAGCUGCUCUUCUACUGUUGCUGUGGGGUAUUAGCUGGGAUAGUUGGAGGACUGCUUGGACUAGGAGGGGGGUUCAUCCUGGGACCAUUGUUUCUUGAAAUGGGAGUUCCUCCUCAGGUUGCAAGUGCAACAUCAACAUUUGUGAUGACAUUUUCGUCAUCAAUGUCCGUCAUACAAUAUUACCUUCUCGAUCGCUUCCCCGUUCCAUACGCUGCCUACUUUGUUUUUCUGGCAACUGUGGCCGCCUUCACCGGUCAGCACAUUGUUAGAAGGUUGAUUGUGCUCCUAGGCCGAGCAUCGCUGAUCAUCUUCAUUCUGGCUUUGACCAUCUUUGUGAGCGCAAUUAGUUUAGGUGGUGUUGGUAUUGCACACAUGGUAGAGAAGCUGGAAAGGAAGGAGCAUAUGGGUUUUGAAAACCUUUGCUACCACUCUAAAUCGCUUCAAUUCAAAGUCCUUUAAAGUUUUAAAGAUGUAAUAGUGAUAUCCAUAUCUUUCUUUUUGCUACAGAUAGGGUAUUUGUCUACUUGAAUCCGAGUUGAAUCUUUGUUCUUGUAACCAUGACAACUGAAACUUGGCAUCCUUUUUUCCAUAUACAAAAGUAAAUGCUUAAUCUGUGCAGAAAUUGCGGCAUAAUAUCUAAUAACAAGUGCAGAGUUCAAUUUAUUCAUCAUGAAUGUAAUUUAAGGUCUAAGAUAAAAAGACAAGUAACAUUCUGUUCCAACUUCACAAGUAAAAUUAACCUAACAUAAUCAUUUGCAUUUAGGGAAAACAGAGGCUAAGAUCAAUGCUGUAGAUCUCCACUUCCGCCAGUCUCUGAUUUCCAAAGGACCUACCUAGAUUAUAUUGAAGCCUGGCACUGGAAAUCCACCAUAGUCUGCAUCAUGGUUAAGUUCUCUUAGUGCCAUGGCCUAUCAACUUAUUGUUCUCCGAUCUCAGUGCCAUACUUCCAUGUGGUCAUGGCAUGAUAUGAUAUGUAAUGGCUGCAAAAUAGAAGCAUCAGUGACUGAGCUUUCUUUUUCCAAAUAAUCUGGUUCUACCUAGUCACUGGAAGGCAUGAAGAUUUGUUCUUCUGGAGUCGACUCAUGGGCUUCAAGAAGAAGAAGAGGCUACUGCAGCCAGUAAGAAACUGGUUAGCAUUUGAAAGCUAAAAAUUGAAUCAGAAAUCCUGUAGUUCUUGAAUUUACUAGAAAGAGAAACAAAUGUUAGCUCGAGUAUUUAUCUUGUAUUUGAUUUUCCUUUCCAUCGCAGCCUAUUUCCUUGCUUAUUGAACGUUCCAAUUAAAACUAAUCCCAUCACAAGAUCAAAUUACAUGAAGUAUUACCAUUCUUGAUGUCAUUUGGCAUUAGAAAAACAACAGAACUCUAGAGACUCUUAAGGAACUUGUUAAUUUGUUGCUAACAUUAACCAGUUGUUUUUGUCAUCUGAAGCCUUGAACAAAUUAUAAUGCCUCAGAAGUUCAGAACAUUGAAUAAUGGUUGAAUUAGUCACUUGGGAAAGCUCAACCAAAUGUGUUGAAUACAAGUUGGUAUAUUCCAUAUCUUAAAACACACAUAAAGCAAACUACAAACAAAUCAAGUAGUUAUCAGCAAUAGAUCCAGGCAAAUAUCUCUCUACCAUUGGCAAAUCAUUUGCUAAGAAUACUUGAUAUACAAACAUGCUAAGUGUUUUCUCCCGUCUGGAAAAGUGGUCCUGCAUUGCGGUGGUAGAUAUCAGUGCAGCAUCAACAUCAGAACAGGGAAUGAGUCCAAGAAGAGAUUCCAGAAAAACCGAUGGCUAGGAGCAUCUACUGUUUGUCAUCCUUUCCCAAUCUCUUCUCAGCCAGUGCAAAUCAAAAUAUAACUGUCUGAAAGGCCUUAUGGCUACUACUCCCAAGCAUACAUAAUUCCACAACGACAUGGGACCUGCAUUGGUAAACUCCCUCUUGUAGGUCUUUUUUGUGGGUACAAAAGAGGAGCCUGAAGCUUAUACAUAAAUUCAUAGUUCAGAGUACAUAACAGAACCACUGCAGAAACUACUAAGGCAUCAUUUCUAAGAUAUAUACAACAGAGUUAAUAAGCUGAAACACUAAACCCACCCCAGAGCAGCAGAAGCCCAUGUCACGCUACCAAUCAACAUUGUUCUUAGAGAUCGACAGCAAGCCAACUUAUAAAAAUUCAAUUUUCAAUUCACCAUUUCAUUAUCUUAAUGAAACCGUGUGGGUGCACAGCCCUCCCUUUCUCCUCAAGAGCAAUACUUGAUAUAUAGGACAGGGAGGAUAAAUGAUAUAUAAGUAAUAAAUCUCCUAAGCACUUAAAAUCUUAAAUCUCUUUUUUAGGCACAUCUUACCUUCUAAUAUCUGGAUGCCUCAGAAUGUCAUUUUCUCAAGGGGCAAUAAAUUGGAUAUGCCUUACGAACAUGCUCCACAAUGUGGAUAAUGAAAUAUAAGAAAUUAAAGAAACAUUAUUUGGGGGUAUCUGUAGAAGCCAGUUUCAUCAAGAAAAAAAUAAAAAUCUGUAGGCCAAAUCACAAGGAUAAGAGCCCAGAAAUUGACGAAGGGGAAAAAGAACAAAUUUGUUGCCUCCCAGUUGCUCUACUGCCAUUUCAUGCAGAUCUGAUUGAUAUACCCUAUAAAAACAUUUUGUAUCAUUUAAUUAACUGGUAUAUGUUAACUUAUCACUUUCCCAGCAAAGUUCAAACCAUCUCUGAAGUUCAAAUAGCAAACAAAAUAUCAAGUCAAGAUACCAAACCAAGUUGUACAGACCAAACAGAGUACAGACAGGAUGAGAUAACAUUCUCUAGCCUAAAAAAACCAACAAAAGACAUUACAUUUUACAAA